UCUGGAGACUACAGCCCUCAUUCACUCUCCUGGAGACUACAGCGAACACACACAGACAGCAUCAUGAAACAACUGGUCAUAUUUGGUUUUUUUGUUUUUGCUACAUUCUUCAUGGUUCACAGUGAAAUACCAGAGUACUGUUUCCUACCACAGGACGUGGGUACAGCCCCAGUGUCAGGAGCAGAAGACUUCCAGAUCAUGCUGUAUUAUGAUGCCUCUAAAGACCUGUGCUACCCCUUCAAGUACCUGGGGGAGGGGGGCAACGCCAACCGCUUCACCCUGGAGAGAAUCUGCAUGAGGAACUGUUCCGCCAGGGCAGAGGAGAUCUAUCCAGUGGAUGAGUCAAAGGCCUGCCACUACAGGAAGGCUCUGGGUGAAUGCUACGGUACCUACCUACGCUACUACUACGACCCCAUCCACUCAAAGUGUAAGAAGUUCCACUGGACCGGCUGUGUGGGGAACGGGAACCGGUUCAUCGACCAUCAGGCCUGCAACGCCACCUGUGCUGGGAUUCAUGAUGAUGGUACUGAGGAGGAGGAGGAUGAGCCCGAUACUCCUAUUGCCCUGAUUCUGGGAGUGGUGUUUGGGAUCACGGGAGCAAUCAUUAUUGGAGUCGUUGUUUUCCUGGUGAUGCAGAGCAAGAAGAAUCACAAAAGUGCACCAAAGAAAGUGAAAGAAGGCAAGACGGAGACGCCACUGCAAGAACAACCAAUAGAGAUGGCAUAGAGAAGAGACCACAGCAAGAACAACCAAUAGAGAUGGCAUAGAGAAGAGACCACAGCAAGAACAACCAAUAGAGAUGGCAUAGAGAAGAGACCACAGCAAGGACAACCAAUAGAGAUGGCAUAGAGAAGAGACCACAGCAAGGACAACCAAUAGAGAUGGCAUAGAGAAGAGACCACAGCAAGGACAACCAAUAGAGAUGGCAUAGAGAAGAGACCACAGCAAGGACAACCUAUAGAGAUGGCAUAGAGAAGAGACCACAGCAAGAACAACCAAUAGAGAUGGCAUAGAGAAGAGACCACAGCAAGAACAACCAAUAGAGAUGGCAUAGAGAAGAGACCACAGCAAGGAAUGGAAACACCAUAGUAAUUAGACUGACUAGAAUGCAUGAUCCCAUUCAAGUCAACUUUCCAUUUUGAGUGUACCCCAUGGCCGUCAUUCUAUUUCUAGGGGAAACACCAGGCGGGGCCUUCACCUGAAUGACCCCUCUCAGGAUGAUAUAACAGAAGAACGUAGAUAUACAUCUAACGAACCUACAAUGUAAUGUACUGUAAUGUAUCCAUCAUUUUUUGUUAUCAGAUUAUUCACAAAUCAAUUUUGUGGAUUCUGCCUUCUCCUUCACUAAUGCAGGCCAGGCUGUUUUCAUUAUGGUGACGUUUCAAAUGACUCUCACUCAUCUUACAGCAAGGCUUUCUGCACUCUCCUCUUUUACAAUAUGACUUCUGUGUUUAUUUCUGGUAGACUUGGUAACUACUCACAUCAUCUCCACGGAUUUCAAAGAAUAAGCACUAUUCUUUAUUAACUACAUUACAGGCAUUGUGUGCUUUAUUGAACUCCUACGUGUGCAACAGGAUUCUUCUGAUAUUCUGACAGUUCUUAAUGUGGAACGUUUUAUUUUAUGUGCUGUUUAUGUUUGGUCUGUAUCAACAUUGUGAUUGGUUUUGUUCCUACUACUGUAUGUCACAUGUUUGUAGAUAUGAGAAUAAACCAAUACGCCUGUUUAAAAAAAUA